UAAAAAUAAAAAAAUGAGCAAAUUGUAUAAUAAAGAAAUAAAUGGCUAUAAAUUUAGUAAAUUGAUUGGAAAGGGAGCUUUUGGAUAUGUAAAAUUGAAUAUUAAAGUAGGUUUAUUAAGGAAAUAAUCUGAAAACAAAUGAAAUGGUAGCAAUUAAGGUGGUAGAAAUAGAAAGAUUUAAAGAAUGUGAUGGACUAUUAGGCUAACUAGUCUAAUCAGAGUAAAACGCAUUAAGAAAGGUGAAAAGCUAGUAUGUAGUAGCUUUUAUUGAUUGUUUUUAAGACAAUCAAUAUAACUAUUUGGUUAUGGAAUAUUGUGAUUGUAAUCUAGUAUAAAUAUUUUCAUAGCUGGAGAUCUAGAAGAAUAAAUAAAAAAUCCGAAUGCCUCUUUAACAGAAAAAGAUGCUAUAGGAAUCCUUCGAUAGAUUCUUAAAGGAUUAAGAGACAUGCAUGCAGCUCUUAUUAUUCACAGAGACCUAAAAUUAGCCAAUAUAUUGAUUCAUAAUCAUUCAAUCUACAAAAUUGCCGAUCUGGGAUUUAGUAAGAUAUUGCAAAAUGAAGUAAUACCCUGAAAAACAUUUAGACUGAUUUAUCUUGUUUAUAACUUGGAUCUCUGUAUACUAUGGCUCCAGAGAUAUACAAUUCAAAUUCCUAUGGAUUAUCCUCUGAUAUGUUUUCAGUUGGUGUCAUUUUUUAUUAAAUCCUAUUUGGAAGGUUUCCAUUUAGUCAAAGUGAUUACGAAUUAGAAACUUAGCGUAAUUUAAAAUGUAAACUUAGCUAUAAUUGAUUUUACCAUGAACAAAAUUCCUGUUUCAGAAGCCUCAAAAGAUCUAAUUAAGAGAAUGCUUUAAUUUGAUCCAUAAAAACGAAUAAAGUUCGAGGAAAUAGCUAAACAUAAGGUGUUUGAAAAAGAGAUCUUUAGUAACUCUGAUUUUCUAAUCUAGAUUAAACCAGUAGGAUUUAACUACAGAGUUCCAAAGUUAGUAUGGACGAACAUAUUUAAUUCUAUCAGAGGGAAGGGAAUAAAAUUGAAAAAUAAAAUCAGUAAGAGAUCCAAGCAACAAAAGCACGUAUGGUGUCUAACAAAAAACAGUCAGAUAUAAAUCAAUAUUUGUAAUAAUAAUAAAUCUAGUCUAUUUAAAAAUAAAAGAUUGACAAAAAUAUUAUUAGUGGGGAAUUUAGUUUACCUGCAAAUUCAAAGAAAAAAAAUGAAAUGAACUAGAAAAUAAAUCAUUUUAACAACACAAUGAAUGAUAUAUAUUACUUCUCUAAUACAAUUUAAGAGAUCUUUUAAAUUCAAAUGAGAGCUCAUUAUGCAGCUGUAAUUUUAUGUUAUUAGGUUAAAAUAAUGACUGCUAGAAUCUAAGAAUAAAUGUAAGAUUAAAUUUAAAUUCACAAUGGUGAUACUGAUUUGGAAUUUGAUUUAACUCAAAUAAAGUAAAUAUUAGAAUUAGCAGAAUAAUUAUACAUGGUUAUAGAUUUUCAACUAUAGGAUAUUGCUUAACAACAGAUUUAAUCUGGAGAUGUAAGAAUUCAAGAGAUGCUAAAAGAUCAAACAAGUAAAAAAUAAUUAAAUGAUAAUCUCUAUAAUGAAAUCAAUGCACUUAUUACAAAAGAAAAUAAUCAAAUCACAUAUGUUUUAUAUCAUAUGAUUAAGUGCUGCGAAUAUUGUUUUAUGUUAAACAAGUAGUACAAAGAAAUCCAAUUAGAUAUCAACAACUUUGACAUAAAAAAUUCUAAGUUAAUACACCCUAAUUAAAAUGAUAUUAAACUUGAGUUUAAAAAAAUAUUAGAGUACGAUUAAUAUUGA